CCACGGUAAGCCAUGAAACCACGCGUAAGGUGUUCGUGUAAAGUAAAUAUAUAUCAACUGUUGCUUUCUGUCUCCACUACUUGUGCCCUGGAAUACUUGGCUCAAACUCGCGGCAGUUUGUCCGCUGUGGGUCCUUACGUAGAAAGCUCGAGAAGUACCUACUGUAAUCCAUGCUGCAAGGGACAAGACCAGCCACAUGUCGGUCAGCUUCAAAGCGGGCGUCGGGGGACGGCGCAGUGUGCAUGAGUCUGUCCAUAGAGGCGAAAUUAGAGAGUGAAUGAGUCAAUUCGUGUUGCCAGCAAAGGACAACUAUGUGGACGGGCUCUUGUUUGAGUCAUUCGUGAUCAAGUGAGAAGUCAAGGUGAAGCCAGAUAUAAGCUUAAAAGUGGCAAUUGCGGCGGAUAACGCACACUGUAAGCUGGCAACCAGGCUGCAGGGCUGCAUGAAUGACAGGACAGGACAAGGCGGCCCCGUCUAGAGUAAUUCGAAGGUAUUCUUUGGGGCGACUGCUUGCUUAAUUGGGUGACUGCAAAACGUGGCUUUUACAGGGCGAAUACUUGACAAAGAAGAGGUCCACG